AUGUAUGCAGAGCCCCACUGUCGCAAGAAUGGACAAGGAAAAGGGGAAGUAGAGGAGGAGGACAAGGAGAAGGAGAGAAGCUUGGUGUCCGUUAUGAAGACUAAGCUGCUUGUCCCAGGAAGUGGAAGGGCAAGGGCAAGGGUUGUGUCGCUGCCAAGGAAGCGGGCCAAGGAAUACGGCAAUGUCCCGCUCGCCCAGUUGUUAUUAAGGGCAAUGGAGCAUGAUAAGCAAGCGGAGAAGGAUUAUGAAGAGGAGGAAGAGAAUGGGGAGGACGAGGAUGAGCAAGGUACUCUGUUUGAGGAGGAGGAAGAUUCUCAUUUUGAUGUCAAAGCGCUGAGUGUUAUGCUACGCAAAAUUGCAUUGUUUGGCUCUCAACGUUCAAUAUUUUUGCUGUUUAAAGUUCAAAGGAGGAGCUGUCCAAAAUUCAAAAGCAAUGAUGCCCAAUUCUUUCUUAGUCAUAUUUGUUCCAUUUCUACACUUUGCAUAGAAGAAAGCUUAUUUUUUUCAUCACUAUGA